AUGCAAUUGACUCCAGAAGAAAUCGCACAGCUUGAACUGAGCAUCCACGUUGUGCUUGCGGCUGUCGAUCAGAAGGUUUUGCAGCAUCACGCCUUCGACAAAAAGGAUGACAGGUCAGACAAGGAUCAGGCUGUCGAACCGAAUGCAUCACCGGUGAGGAGUUGCAUCAUGUACCAAGUCAUGAACCCUCCCAUGAGACUUUUCAUGCCAUGCAGUGACGAUCACAGACAAAUCCAAAGCAUUGCCAUGCAUGUCGACUCAGCCAGCAUGAGCAAAGAUGAAGGCUCCCAGACCAGUGGGAGAGAGCAAAGCAAUCUCCACCACCAGAACCCCCAGCCUAGCUUAGCUGCCGUUCCCGCCCAUGUCCCUUUUCAUGCCAAGCCCCAUCUCCCAGAAGAUGAGGGCCCCUCCCAGCCCUUUUUCAAUGCAACAACACAAGAAGAGAACAGAAACCCAAAACGCAGGCGCAUGCACGUAGCCACACAAGAGGCUUACAGUCCAGCUGGAGGUGUUGCAAGUUUUGCAGCCAAAGAGAAGGAGUGUGUCAAGGAGACCAAUCCACCUGAGCGUCCGAAAGCAAGGAAGCCACAGGCUUCCGAUGCCAUGUCAAAUGCAGAAGAUCCCGUGCCUGCCGUCAGAGCGGAAUUGGAACGAGAGCCAGAACCUGAGGCCAGUAUUCCAGAGCAUCCGAAACAUGAGCUGCCAAAGGCCACAGGAGUCAAACAUGAGGAGGCCAAGCCAAAGUCAGUCAUCACAGUCCUCGUUGGCAUGAUUCAUGGUAACAUGCAUGAAGUACAGGUAGUCAAAGGCACCACCGUAGGUCAACUUGUCUUAGCUGAAGGUAGAAUGAUCGAUGAGAGAGUCACAUGGAGACCGACGAAUGCGAUGGGCCUCCCAGUACCCAUUGCAAGUUUGCUUGACCAGGAUGAUGUCGUUUUCUUGAGCGACAUAGCACACCCUUCGCCAGUCAUCAAGUUUCAUGAACAUCAGUUUGCAUGCGGAUGCCCUGACAAGCAGGACCGGCUUCAUGUUCUAUGGAACCAACAAGGCUGGGUAGCGACUGAUGAGAUGACCUUCUACCUUCGACUGUUGCAAGACUGGGGAUUACCAACAGCACCGCCAAUUGUAGCUUACAAUUGUUGUGACCUCAAUGAUUCAUUGGCAGAAUGGGUACUCACAGUCAGAGAAAAGGCACACCAAGCACAGAAACAGGUCACCAUGCGCACAGCCAUACUGUUGAAUCAACACUGGACACCGGUCAUGAUCCAAGCUUCACCUGAAGCACUGGCAAUCCACACGACACCUGCAGGUCAGGAGUUACUCCAGACAUUGCCAGACAUCGUAUCUUUUGAUGAAGCAGAAUGGCAUUGUGACACGGUAAGGUCCAAGUUUCCUUUUGACUGCGGGUUCCAAGCAUUUGCCUGGCUUCAGGGGUAUGCGUCCGGAGGCAUUGCAAUGCCCAUGUCAGUCAUCCAAGCCACAGCCAUGCGACAUGAGUUUGCCAAGCACUGCCUUCAUCAGGAUGUUUCUUUUCCGUUUGCAUUGGGGGGAGUACAGGAUGACAAGCAUGUUCCAGCCUUGCAAGCUUUGGUCGAGACACAUGGAGUUUCUCCACUAAGGUCGCAGUCGGUAGCAAUGCACUUGAUCGCAGUCUUAGGUAGUCAAAGCAUUGGCCACACGUUGCAAGCCCCAAAGCCAUGGAAAGACUUGAAGACAAAAGCCAACAUGCAGAAGCCACCAAUCCAGAUCGUCCUCACAGAUGAACUGCAAGCAGCAGUGGCUGACAGAGUCAAGCAUGGACAAGUGAUUGGCAAGCGCAACAACCGCAAAACUGUUGCUCAGGCCAAGGCUCCUAUCGUCCUACGAGCCGACAAGAUAGCAGUCCCCGAUGGCAUUUUCCAGCAGAGUGAUGGUGUACAGAUCGGACAGCUCACAGUGCAUCAAAUCCAAAGCAAUGCCAAAGGUGUAGUAGUAGUCAAUGUACAGGAUGCACUGCCGUUCUUCCAACUCAAUGAACCAGUCAGCUCGGAAGGCGUUGCCUUAUUGAUCCUGGAUCACCAAGAUGACCGCAUUCCUGAUCAUAAGCAAAUUGUCAAGUUUCCAGCUCACUUCUGUGACACUGAUGAGCCCAUCUUGGUCACAGCAGCGAUGUUGCAGAUUGGAAGCAAACCAGUGCAGAGACAUCGCCCUGACACUUGCGUGAAAAUUGAUGAAGUUCCGACUCAGGUUGUACGUCUGCUGACCUACCGUGACCAAGCCAAAAUGGACUGGGCCUCAAUCGUGGAAGGGCCAAUGAAAGCACUCCUUACUUUGGAGACUCUGGCAUUCCUAGAGCAAGACCAAAUCUUGGACAUAUGGGAUCGUCAAUAUCUGGACAAGUCCUUCAAGAAAACGCCAGCAAAAGAUGCCUACCUUUUUGCCGCCACACUCCGAUUGAAAACAGGAGCUGCCCAAGAGCUCUUGGCAUUGAGCGGCAAAGAUGGACUUUACAGUGAGCCGAGGACAAACAAUGGAAGAGCACCAGACUCCACUUUCAGAGUCAUUUGGCUGCCCAGGAAAACUUUUGCCGAAGCCACUCUCAUCAACCAAACAACCCAUCAGAAGUCCUGGCUCGUGCGAAGUGGAGACCGACUUGGCUUGCGUGUCAAAGAAGAGGAUGCAUCCGAUGUCCAUAUGCAACACCGCCCAGAAGUUAGCUACUUAGAUGGUACAACAGUGAUGGAGUACAAAGUGGGGCCACUGCCAUGGGGUACGACAAAAAUGGGCCUUCAAAAGGCAUUCAAACAGUGGCAAUGGCCAGCAAGGCCGGGGCAACCACAAGGCCAAUCCAAUGAUGGGGUAUUUUGGUCAGCGCAAGCUACACAGCACCCAUCCCACUGGGUCUUCACCAUGGCGCAUGGAGAUGUCCUGAUAUCCCAUAAGGAUCCCUUGAAAGCUGCAAAGACCAACAAAGAGAGCUCAGUGAUUGCAUCGACCAAGACCCUGAAACAAAUGGCCACUCCUAUGAAAAAAGUGGUUGACCAAGGCAACACAGAUCCAUGGCUGAAUUUGACCAAUGAUCCGUGGGCACAAGCCCCAACCAAAGCCCCCACACAGGCUCUGACAUCCGCCCAAAUUGCACAGAUGCAGUCUACCAUCGAACAGAACAUUCGAGAUACGCUUGCCCCAAUGGAAGAUGCAGCGAUGGACGGAGCUACCGACUCCCGAGUGUCAGCCUUGGAAGAGCAAGUGAAACAGCUCACCACCAGUGUGGGCAAAUUGACUGGUAACAUGCAUACAUUGCACAAUCAGCAACAGCAAUUGGGCACUCAGGUCCACAAGAUGCAGACUCACAUGGACCAUCAACAUGCAUCGCUGCAAUCGAUGAUUGAUGGAAAGCUUGAAGCGCAGAUGAGCCGCAUCGAGGCUUUGUUUUCCAAGCGUGCCAAGACAGCAGAGUGGGAAGCGACCAACCCCGGCCCAUGCGAAGACAAACCAGGUACUGCGAUCAAUGGAUCCAUGGAUCCGUCUUCUAUGGCCCUGCAAAGGGUGCCGAAACAGCUGCAGUUCGAGCCGAAAGACUUUGUUUGGAUCAGCCCUGAGCUACAAGCCUUUUGGGAAUCCACCGGGGUAGAAAAUUUGGCGUUCAAAGACCAUGACGCUCCGCUACCAGCUCCACUGUUCUGGUCCCGGAAUCCCAGAGCCUGCUUAAACCGGGCAGACAAGGAGACCUCCAGCCGCAAUUCCAUGGCACCCAUAUACCCAGGGGUCCCAUAUGACCUACCCAAUAGUCCCUUGCCGGCAGACCAAGCAGCCUUGCUUUGUCAAACUUUUGAAACUGAAGUGCGUGCACUUGAAGAGGUCUUGAUCCAAGAGCUGAAAGCCAAAGCCCGAGCGUCCCAUGAGGACAAUCCCAACAAAGUCUUCAGGGAUAUGCAGAAGCCACAGGUGCCACCAAUCCAAAUGCUUACUGAUAUCUCUACAACCACGGUCACAGCAGUGGAGCCUGACGAGCAAGCCUUUUGUUUUGAUGUGCCAGCCCAUUUUGACCCAGAAAAGUCACUCUUGACACCACACGGUCCCAUGAAAGCCAUUGUAGUCGAAGAGGAUAAAGUUUGGGUUGAAAACCUUAAUAACCUUCAGCCAGGAGAUGAAGUCACCCAAGAAACCCAUAUAGGAGACCUCACCAGCCUGUUUGAUCGUUUUGGGGAUGACUGGGCUGCCCGUUGGGACAAACACAGACACACCCCAGAGGCCUUCUGGGACCCAUUGCUUGAGUUCAUUGACAUGGCCAUACCAGCGCAUGAGCCCAUGAAGUAUGAACGCAUCACUGCAGACCAAAUACGACAUGUGAUUAAAAGCAAAAAGCCCACGGCGGCAGCUGGACCAGAUGGAUGGAGUAGGUGCACCCUUUGGAGUUAUGUUGACAACCUGGAAAUCACAGCCUCCAAUGCAGACGAAGUGCAACAGGGCUACGCAGCAGAUGAAUUGGCCACUCAUGAGUUUUACAAUCAUCCAGAUGUCCUGACCAUGCGUCAGCAGUUGAUUGCAGAAGUUUCCAGGUACGAGACCUUGCGCGACCAGGCCCAUCAGGUGUUUAUCAAAGUAGGUAAACUGGCAAUGACGAAGAGCAGAACUGAAACCCAGCAGGCAGCGGAAGACCCGCGCCGAGAUUUGCAACUUGCCCCUGUCAGGAUGCGACCAUGGACUUUUCCAGACCAACUGCCACCCGAGGCAGAACACUAUUUUCUGGACGACUGGCCAUGCAUUGCUGAAUGGAUUAACUCCUUGCACGCAGGAGCUCUGCUGCGGCUGUGUCCUCGACGCGAAUCGGAAAAGCGGAAAAGGCCCCUGCAUAAGGAUGACACGCACGUCACAGAGAAUUUGGUGGGCCUAUGGCUCAAGAUUGGAAAACAAGCUGCUGCAUGGAGCGUCGUGGGUUAUGAGCCCAACAUGUCGCUUGUGCGCCGCCGAGACGCCUCCGUGCAGAGACGUGCUGCUAGCGCUGCGGCAGCAGCAAAAGCAGCGGAAGCAGCUGAUGACUUGAUGGAAAGCCUCUUGGAAGACAGCGCCAAGGAAAGGGGGUCAAAAAACCAAAGAGCCUUAGAAAGCGGACCACUUAGGGAGCAUGCCGGUGAAAGAGGUAGAGCUGAGGGUGGGAUGCUAGGGGACUUGGUAGGAAACCCGUUGACCUUAGGCAAUGUUGACCUUGAGGAUAGGCCCACAAGGAGUCAGAACCCUGAAGUCCGAAAGGUUGUUGUUGGUAAGUCUGAGGGCAGUGAAGCUAGGAAGGAGUCACCGAGGUCAAAGUCAGCUGAACCCCGAGCCCGUUUUGCUGAUGAACCGCCAAGGGGUGAAAGACCGAAACCUAGUGGAAAUGGCAAAGGUGUAGGAACUGGUGAGAAGAAUCCACCAAUAAGGAAUCCGAGGAAUUCCCCGGAUGGUGUGGCUGGAGGUGGAGUGAAAGUCAUCCCGCCUCCGGGCGGCGAAUCAGUUUUGGGAGGUUCAAGUAGUAGGGGAGUUGAAAGCUACUACAUAGGCGAACCUGCAGGAACUGAGGAACGUCGAACUGAGGCAUGCGGAUCUCAGUUGGGUUCUUCGAGACCUGUUGAUCCUUGGCUUCAUUGUGCCUCGGCUGGUAUCCCUCCGGAUGGCACUUCGUAUCUUGGCGGGAAUCAGCAGUGCCUUGGAAGCUGGGAUAGGGUGAACCCCUUCUGGAGUCGUGAAACCCAGGUUGAAGCCACCCGGAUGACUUGUGGAAAUGUGGGGGGAUCCCAACAAAAUACUCCCCAAAAAGGUCAUGUGGAAACCGACCCGAUUGAACUAUUCCGAUUGCGGUGUUUGAGGGAUGCGGAAGAAAAGUUUAGGAAGGGUUUGGCACAGAUGGCCGGUGACAACUGGUCUCAUGGUUCGGUUGGAUCCUUUGUUAGUGCAGGGGAUGAAGAAGCUUUUGUGCCACCACCGCCACCGGGCCCUCCGCCGAAGUCGCCACCACGAACCCAGCAAUCCACCAAUUUGUUGUGUUUUGGGGGAACCAACCUGGGGCAGUUCAUUCCACCCUUUCCGCAGUCAAUGGAUGGUAGUGGGAAUUCCCGACAUGUCAUGGGUGAAAAUGCUGGCGAGACCCUUAGGUCUUUUGAGCUUCCGGUUUUGCAUGAGAAUAGCACACCCCUCCAAUAUGGUGAUUGGCUUAGCCUGGUUGACUCACUCAUGGGAGACCUUUCAUACACUUCAGACAUGUGGUGGGGAAUGGUUCGCAAUGCAGUUGAGGUGAGCCACAAGGAAUGGCUUGUCUCUAAUCCCAUGGAUAGACUGAGGAUCAAACCUAAGGUGGAUCCCAGGGCGGCUGGUUGGCCGAGAACGGAACGACGUGCCUUGGCGAUGCUCCUAGCAGCAAUUCCUGAGUCAAUCCGAAAUGAGAUCGUUUCCACCCGAAGGAUGUCAACUGAACAAGUGUUGUUUAGGCUCAGCGUUGUGUUUCAGCCUGGAGGGUCCCAGGAGAGAUUCAAGUUGUUGCAAAGCCUGACGGAUAGCAAGUUUGGUACCAGCGCUCCUGAUGUCCUGGAAUGGGUGCGAACAUGGAGAAGGCAGGUUCGAAGGUCUUUGGAACUGGGAAUCGUGCUGCCUGAUGCAUUGGUUUUGACUGGUAUCCUCACCAAAUGUGCCGAUGUGUUGUGUGCCAAGUCACCACAAAUCUCAUACCGGUUGAACAUGGUUCGUCAACAAAUUGGUUUGGACUAUCAGCCCCAUGUCAACACCAUUUUGGUUUUUGCGGAACAUUUGCAAGCUGAGGCCGAAGAGUUGUCACUGAGUAGCCAUGGAAAAACUCAUGUAGGACAAGUGAAGGCUGCAGCUUUGUCCGUCCCUCCGGGGAUCGAGCAACAAAGUGAUGCGAAGCCUGAGCCUUCCACCAAAAAGCCUUGUAAGUUUUGGAUGACCGAGAAGGGAUGUAGGAGGGGUGAUGGUUGUCGGUUUGAACAUGUUGCUUUGGAUCCCAAAAGCGGUAGAUGUUUUGGAUGUUCGGCUGUUGGGCACUCCCGAAAAGACUGUCCCCACAAGAAUGGUGAAUCAAGGGGUGAUGGCCACAAAAAGACUGCCAAACUCAAGCAGGUGGACAAGGAGGCCAACCCUCAAAGGGAAGGGAAGGGCACGAGCACCAAAAAACCCAAGGGUGUUGAAUCCGAAAGCGGGUCAAUUUCCAAGAUUGAUACUGGGUUGACGGUACCACCAGGGUUGGAAGAGACCACCAAGGAGUAUGGGUUAGGGGAGGAUGCUGUUGUUCAACUGUUGUCGGAAACCAACACCAUUUUGAAGACUAUGAACCCAACCAUGAAGGCUGUCAAAAUCAAAAGGAUUGACCAUGACUCAAUGGGAACCGGGCUUUUGGAUGGAGGUGCAACCAACCCCCUCCGACGGGGCAGUCCGCAAGAGCUUGCUGAAUCUGAGGUUGUCUUGGUCGAACUAGCCCAUGGUACUGUAGAGCUACGACAACACCCGUUGACUGGUUGUAUCCUCACCGAAAAGCAUGUUGAACCAAUUGUGCCACUGAGAGGACUCAUCGACCUAGGGUAUGUGAUCAAGUGGUCUUCAGCUGGUUGUGAAAUUCGACACCCCACGAGAGGAACCAUCAACUGUUGGCUACGUAGUGGUUGUCCGGUGGUUUCUGAACCUCAUGCCUUGGCUCUGAUCAGUGAAAUUGAAGCUGUGGAGCGAGCUAAGAGAGGGUUUCCCACCAUGAAUGUUGAACUUUUGGAUGAAGUUUCUGAAUGGUGGUCCCAACGGUUCCCCGAAGUCCCCAAAAGGGUUUGGAGGUUCAUGGCUGGUCAAAAUGGCACUUGGAACGCUUCGGAGUUGCCGUGGAAUAGGGCCCAGAGACGUCGCCAUGCUACAGCCAAGGCCCUGAUCAUCCACUUGUACUCAGGUGCGGACUCUAAGGAAUGGAGAGAUCACUGGCCGGACGAUGUGGAGGUGAUCACGGUCGAUGUCAGGGAGGGCCAAAACGCCCACCACGCAGCGACUUGGGGGUACUUGUGGCAGCUGGCGGGAUCAGGAAGGGUCAUUGGUAUUAUAGGGGGCCCACCCUGUAGAACCACUAGUAGGUUGCUUGACCAAAAACCAGGACCACCUAGAUUGCGUAGUCGAGAAGGGCUGGAACGAUUCGGAUUUGGUCAUCUGACUUUAUCCCAACAACAAAAAGCUGAUGGUGACACUGCCCUCCUAUUCAAGCAGGUAGGACUGUACAUGCACGCUGAGGAGUCAUGGAAGUACGGUGGUUGGCCGAAGGGCACCGAAACGGUUCCAAAUCGGGUUGGGUUUUUGUUGGAAUCACCCGAAGACCCCAAAACGUACCUGUUGAAUGAUGAAGGUGAACAUGCGGCUAGUUUUUGGACAUGGCCUGAAAUCAUGGGUUUUUGCGAAAAGUAUGCACCUAUGGGAAUGCAGAUGGUUCACUUUGACCAGGGUUGCUUUGGUCACCAGCGGAAAAAACCCACGUCAUGUAUGACCAACCUGCCUGAAUUUGAUGAACUCAAUGAAUGCCGUUGUGGUCCCAAAGAAAAGUCCCUUGAAACUAAUCUCCCCGAAAGGUUGGUCCAAACCGCAAGUUGGGCUACAUGGGCUCCAGGGUUGAAAAGGGCUAUUCGGUUGUCCUUGCUGUUGAUAUGUGAAUGGCAUGGGAUCAGGUCUCCCAAAGUAGCCAAACUCACUGGGUUGGAUAGCUGGAAACAACACUUGAUGCAGCAGCACCGACCAUACCGUAGGGAUUGCCGUGAGUGUGCACUUGAGAUGGCCUCCGGGCGUCCUCACAGGCGUAGGGAACAUGGUGGAUCAUCGGCUUGGACCAUGGCUAUUGAUGCGGUUCCCAUGAAAUCUGCAAAGGACUUGUGCACGGGAAAGGUCAUGAAGUAUGCACUAGUAGCCACAGCCCUUGUACCUGUCUUCACUCAGGAAACUCAGGACUCAGGAACGGAUCCGGAAGAACGUGACCCAGCCGCUCCUUGGGAUGUUGUGGAUGCCUCUUGGGGGGAGGGUGAUGAAAAACCGAUGGCUGAUGAGAAUGAUGCUGAUGAAUAUGAACCAUCGAUUGCGGACGAUGAGGUCCCCGAAGGUAACAGUGGCGAAGCUGUUCCUAUGGGUCCUCCGGGUGCUUGUGAUGCAUCCGGGGCGGCGGAAGCUGAUGAUUUGGAAAAGAAAAUCAUGGACAUGAAAACCCCAUGGAAGGUUAGACAUGUGACUAUGGUUGAACCAAUCCAAUCAAGAGCUACUGCCCAUGUGAUUAAGGCCCUGGAUACCAUCCUCACCAAAAUGAACUAUUUGGGGGUCACGGUUAGGAGGUUGCAUUCGGAUAGAGCGAAGGAACUCUUGGGUGAAAGGUUUCAGUCAUGGAUAGCCCACCGCAACAUCUAUCAUUCCUUUACUUCUGGUGAUGAUCCCCAAUCCAAUGGCCAUGUGGAAUCUGAAAUUCACCAAAUCAAAAGGAGAACCCGAUUGUUGCUUCGGCUUUGUGAUCAACCCAUGGAUUGUUGGCCUCAAGUGGUUAGGUAUGUGGUUGACGAACGGUUGAGAACCCAACUUUCAGCACUUGGUUCACCAGUGACUCCCAUGCUACCAUAUUGGUCUGAAGUAGCGGUCAAACGAAAACGAUGGCAUGAUCCUGGCCCCUUGGCUUCACCGUUUGUGGCAGGUAGGCUGUUGGGUGCUAGUCCAUAUAUGACCAAUGGUUGGAUGUUUUUAACCAAGGAUAACCAAGUCGUUCAUGCACGGGAAGUACUUGUCCCAGACCCGUUGCAAGAUCAAGCACGACUGCAGUUGAUUGAAGAAACAAGUGGUCCCCCUCACAUGCUUGAAGUUGAUCCCAAAAAACCCCCAAUGCGGUUAGUGGGAAAACAGCCCAUGCCGGGUCGGAUGCGGAUACCACCUCUCUCAGAAAUGCCGAGGUUGAACCUCGGGGGGGAGUUCUCUUCUGUAGUUCAAAAGUCGGAUGAUCAGGUUCCACCCCAAUCCACAAAAGAACGUACGGGGGAGUCGGGGGAAAGAGAAAUGUUGGAGAUUUGCGACCAAAUUGAAAGAGACAUGGAUGAGAACAAUGUUGAACUCAAGGGUUGUGCGGUUUUGGAAACUCCCGAGAACCACCAAGAACGUUUGGGUAGGGUUGUCAACUUGGAGGAUUGGCAGAGCGCCUUGGCUUGGCACCAUGGACGUGUCACCAGAUCACUGGCUGCAUGGUUGGAAGUUGUUCCGACGACCGAACAACUGGGAGCGCAGUGUGCCUUGCAACUUGGCUUACUGCAAGCUGAAAGGAGUGCCUUGGAAAACCAGCUUAGGGUUGGGUUGGACCUCCAAAAACUCCGAGAAGUUCGGUUGUGCGGGUUACAAGUUGAUGAAGCGGCCCCGAAAGAUGGUGAUGAUGAAGUACUGCAAACUACCACGGUUUCUUUGGUGGAUGUUCGGAAGGAGUUACCACUAUGGGUUGAUGCCAUGAAGAAGGAGUAUGAUAGUCUCAUUCAUGAAACAAAGGCCAUAGAGCCAAUCGAUGUUGAUGAUCUCCCCGAAGGAUCUGAACUUGUCCCCGGAAAGCUUGUGGCAGUUAGGAAGGCUGGCCCCAAAGGUGGUAGGAGGAAGUGUAGGGCUGUGGUUUGUGGUAACUUGCUAAAUGGUGCUAGUGAUCCCAUUCCAAAUAGCUAUGCUUCUGGAGCUGAUGGUACACUCAUUCGAACCACCAUACAACACUCAGUGACCAAGGGUUGGGGUAUGGGUAUCCUGGAUGUACGUACCGCCUUUCUCUUGGCGCCUCGGCCUCAGCCCACGGAAAGCCAACGAGAAGUGAUAGUGACCCCACCAAAAGUGAUGGUUGAAGCGGGGGUGUGCAAGCCACGGGAAAGAUGGCGUGUGCACCGUGCUCUAUAUGGCUUCACCUCGUCGCCGGCGCAUUGGGCUAUCUACCGUGACAGCACCUUGGAAAAAAUGACCUGGAUGGAUGGUGACCAACCGUUCUUUUUGCAGUCCACUGCCGAGGGUAACCUCUGGAAAAUCAUGAAGGGAAAAAAGGAUGAAGGGUCACCUGGUUGUGUUGGACAUGUCAUAGUUUAUGUGGAUGAUAUUAUGGCGUUGUCUACCCCCGAAAUCCGUGAAGGGUUUUUCCAAAGGGUCAAACAGGAGUGGAAAUGUUCAGAUGUUGAAACCGUAGGUCAGGACCAGUGGACUCGUUUUUGUGGCUUUGAACUGAAGUGGAAAAAUGAUACUCAGCUGAUGAUAGGUCAGAGUCCUAUACGAGGGAGUUGCUGA